GCGCAGGGUCAGGCGCCCGGCCGCACCUGCUCAGUGUGCCUGAGUUGUGCAGAUACCUGGCUGAGAGCUGGCUCACCUUCCAGAUCCACCUGCAGGAACUGCUGCAGUACAAGAGGCAGAAUCCAGCUCAGUUCUGUGCUCGAGUGUGUUCUGGCUGUGCUGUGCUGGCGGUGCUGGGACACUAUGUUCCAGGAAUUAUGAUUUCCUACAUAGUCCUGCUGAGUAUCCUGCUGUGGCCCCUGGUGGUUUAUCAUGAGCUGAUCCAGAGGAUGUACACACGCCUUGAGCCCCUGCUCAUGCAGCUGGACUACAGCAUGAAGGCAGAAGCUGAUGCCCUGCAUCACAAACACGACAAGAGGAAGCGGCAAGGGAAGAGUGCACCCCCAGGAGGUGAUGAGCCAUUAGCAGAGACAGAGAGUGAAAGCGAGGCAGAGCUGGCUGGCUUCUCCCCAGUGGUGGAUGUGAAGAAAACAGCACUGGCCUUGGCCAUUACAGACUCAGAGCUUUCAGAUGAAGAGGCUUCUAUCUUGGAGAGUGGAGGCUUUUCUGUAUCCCGGGCUACAACUCCGCAACUGACUGAUGUCUCUGAGGAUUUGGACCAGCAAAGCCUGCCUAGUGAGCCGGAGGAGGCCCUGAGCCGGGAGCUGGGGGAGGGAGAGGAGGCAGAGUUGGCCCCUCCUGAAGACCUGCUGGGUCCCCCUCAGGCCCUCUCAAGGCAAGCUCUGGACUUGGAGGAAGAGGAAGACAUGGCAGCCAAGGAAACCUUGCUUCGGCUCUCAUCCCCCCUUCACUUUGUGAACACACACUUCAAUGGGGCAGGAUCCCCCCCAGAUGGAGUGAAGUGCUCCCCUGGAAGACCAAUGGAGAUGCUGAGCCUAGAGGCAGUGAGUGGUGACCUCACUGCUCCGCCCAGCACCCUGUCACCCCCACUUUGCCUUGCUGAAAGUGACCCAGUCCCCUUCCCCUCCGUGCUCCCACCUCUUCCCCAGGACUCACCCCAGCCCCUGCCUGCCCCUGAGGAAGAAGAGGCACUCACCACUGAGGACUUUGAGUUGGUGGAUCAGGGGGAGCUGGAGCAGCUGAAUGCAGAGCUUGGCUUGGAGCCAGAGACACCCCCAAAGCCCCCUGAUGCACCACCACCUCCACUCCUGGUGUCCGACACCUAUUCUCUGGUACAGUCAGACCAAGAGGCUCAGGCCAUGGCAGAGCCAUGAGCCAUGGGGGAAGGAGCUGCAGGCACAGUAGGGCUUCCUGGCUAGGGGUGUUGCUGUUUCCCCCUUUCCCUACUACUAUGGGAAGGCACAGUGUGUAGGGAAGCUGGCUGUCAGAUGGUAGCCAGUCCACCUCUGCCUGCCUGCCUGCCUGCCUGCCUGCCUGCCUGCUGUCCCAGGCCGGGUGCAGCACCUGUUCCUAGGACUGGUUUUAAGUUUGUAAAUAAUUUUCAACUUGGGUUAGUGGAUGUGAAGAGGGCUAAGGAAGUCCUUCCUACAGCCUACACUUGCCUCCCUGCCUCAUCCCUAUUCUCAUUCCACUAUGCCCCAAGCUCUGGUGGUCUAGCCCUUUUUCCUCCUAUCCUCAGGGACCUGUGCUGCUCUGCCCUCAUAUCCCACUUGGUUGUUUAGUUCAGGCACUUUAUAAUUUUCCUCUCCUGUCCUGUACUCUCUGCUUUAUUUCUCUGCUGUUUCCUGUCUUUAGUAGCUCAAUCCCCACCCUUUGUCAACUCCUCCUGCCCAGCAGGAACUGGCUAAGCUUUAGGGAGGCUCCUGGUCUGAGAGGUAAAGAGUAAAUUGAGAGGGUGGGUCAGGCCACUAGUGACACACUUAGGUCACAGUAGCCUGUGUAACCUCCACUGCACCCUUGCCCUAAUUCAGCCUGGCUUUUCAUGGUGCGGGAAGAAAGCAGGGAUCCCACAGCAUAGGUGCCAGCCUUGGGGUUGGUAAGUAUGUCCUCUGUCUUGUUGAGAUGAAAAGCUUCCUUACAGUCGUAGGGGGAAGAAAGAAACCUGCUCCUGUGGGCCCCAGGUGGUCCAAGUGCAGUGGGACCCUCUACUAGGUUCAGAAAGUGGACAUAACAUCUGUGCAGGUGGUGACUGGAAAAAUAAAGUGUUGAUUGGCUAGAACUGCUGCUGCCUGCCUGCCUGCCUGCCUCACUGCGGGCUGCCUCCACACUCUGUGCUUGCCCCUCCUCACCUUUAUCCCCUUCACCCCAAUCUUGCUCCUGCCUGUCUUUUGCCUUCGUGCAACGCAAGGCCAGAAGUAAGGAUUACCCUGACAACAUUAACUUCCCCUUGGCCAUCCUCCCUGACAGUGCUGUAUGUUUAAUGAGAUUUAGCAUGUGUGAAUAAAAUGUGCAGGAGGAAA